UGGGUUUCUAGCUCCCCCCCCACCCCACCCCGCCCACCUCGCCUUGAAAAUUCAUAUACAAGGGCUGGAGCUCCCUGGACUCUGCCAUUGUGAUGUAGCGUAGUGUCUGUUCAGGGUCAAUCCCAAGGUUGGUUGUCUAGGUAGCGCCUGAAAGUUUUAAAGCGUCGGUCGAGGUGGGUUUACGAAGGAUUUCAGAGGUUUGCUUCCGGGUGUUUUACAGAGAUGGACAGGAUUUUGUAGUGGUCGCUGGCUUUCAGGUGUUUAGUUCUUCAGGUCCAGGUCCUGUGCUCGUGGCGGUGGCGUGUCUUUUAACUAAGAACCGGAACGAUUUUGAUGGAUUGAUGUGAACAAGUGCAGAAGUCAUAGAUACGCUCAGUUGAGUCGUGCCAUUUUGGUGAUACAAAUUUUCAUGUGUCGCAAAGGUACCCUCCUGUAGCUACUGUAAUAAUUUGUCGAUACCUAUCCUGUAGCGGAUUGCUGCCGAAAUAAGUACGAACGGUCUACGAAGAAUCAAUCAGUUUUUCUUGAGUAUCCGUCCAAUCAAAAAAUUGAGCUUCCCGAGCUGAUUCGUAUCUCCAGUGAGGAGGUGCAUAACUCUGCAAUUUCGAUGACGGCUCUGUUGUAGUGCUUUUCGUUGAACAAAUCGAGCUCGUGGGUUACAUGAAAAAACCAUCUGAGUUCUGAGCGCCGAAUUUCGUGAACAACGAAGCUCCCUUAGCCCUGACCGACAGCACCCGAUUCUCAAAAUCGACCACCCACUACUGAAGUGGGUAGACAUGGCGACCAAAGUAGCCAGUAGGUCGAUGACUACAGCAAUCGCGAUUGCAGGGAGAGCCUCUCGUGCUUGCGAUGUGUGUGCGAACAAAAGCGCGCGGUGGUAUUGCGGUGCCGAUACAGCGUACCUCUGCGACCGCUGUGAUACACAAGUGCAUUCUGCGAACGCCCUAGCAAAACGGCAUGAGCGAGUACGGCUUACUGUCAGCGGAGUCCCAAUGAAAUCUUCUCGGAAGGUUACAGUCACCAUGGCGGAUCACGACGAAGACUCCGAAAUGCCACGAAAGCAAUCUAGUCUUAAGAAAUGCCACUCUGCCCCAGUGCAGGUCAUGUCGUCGAGGAAGCGAUCUAGAACCAGUAGGCCACAUCCCUUGAAACGCCGUGCUUCUGAAGCCAAACCGACUUCGAAGGUGAGCAAGGUGGAGGAUGUGAAAGUGAAGGAAGAGCUGUUAACGUUCUCAGACAUUUUUGAUACUGAAGAUUUCCUUGUGGACGACACCCAGGAGGUUCCUGCUUUCAUUACUGUGGCGCAAGACUCGUCGCCGUCGAGCUCUGAGUUUGAUCUCUCCAGUCCUGAGCUCUCCCCUGAGUUCCGCAGUGACUUUUAUGGAGUUUGCUCACCAUCUGAGGAUUCGUUUGCGGCUUACUUCAAAGGCAAAGCUGCACACAACGAUUUUUCCGACGACGUCAUGGCUGACCAAUUUGUGGUCCCAGACGGCGUCUUCGAUAACUGUCUAGACUCCGGUGUCAACAUCUGCUGCGAUGUCGACAGCAGCAUCAGCAUAGCAGGAGAUGCCUGCUUUAUUCCCGGUGACAUCCCCGGCCUUGAUGGAUAUGAGGAUGACUACAGUCUGUGUUUUCAUCUUGCUCUCCGAGAUGCCUCCCCGGAUUCCUUCGGUGAGGACAGCGCGGCUACCGCCACUGCCACAGUGGUUCACCCCACGAACAAUGCAGUCAGUGUAGAGGCAGAUCAAUUUGGCAAUGGCCCUUUCGCCAAGUUCUUUGCAAAGAAACCGAAGGGAGAGAAGGUGCUCUUAAGCCCUGAGAAUAUCAAGAGUGAAGCUAAGGAAAUUUUGCGAUGCAGCCUCGAAGGUUUAAGCGAAGAGGACCUGCGCACGGCGCCGACCCUUCGAUUGAACUAUGAAGACGUUCUUACAGCCUGGUCCGAUAGGGGCGAGCCGUGGGUUAAUCCUGAGAAUUCCACGGACGUCGGGUUAGUGCCGGACAUGGGAGAAGGAGGUGCCGAUGAUGACCAAACUGGUGGAGGCCGGGAGGCUAGAGUUCUGAGAUAUAAAGAGAAAAGGCGGAGCCGUCUGUUUUCGAAGACGAUUAGAUACGAAGUUAGGAAGCUCAAUGCCGAGAGGCGACCCCGUAUGAAGGUCAGUUUCCCAUCGGUGACCGCUCUGUAGUGAAACAAUGUGCUUAGAUUCACACCUUCUUCGCCACUAGAUACACAAGCACUUAGAGAAUCGACUGAAUCGCUCCUGCCAAGGAACAGAUCUUCCACUGGGAUAGAUGAAUAUCCAUUUUGAAAGUUGCCCACAUCAGCUGGAAAAAUCGUCGUGACUUAAAUCAAAAGUCUUACGGUUUUCACGCACUUGAACUGCAGGGUCGGUUUGUGAAGAGGACAUAAUGGGCAAACUAGCCAACAGCAAGCUCCGCGACAGAUUUUAGCAUGGCCUCAGGAGCUUGCUUUUCUUGUAGCUUUAAGAGUUUACACGAAUAAUUUACACACUCAGUCCCAUACGAGGGAGGUGUGUAACGAGACGUAGGAGUUGGUUAAGGUGUGAGGUUUUGGUUGUGAACAUCUUGUAGACAUGUGGAGGUAGCGACGGAGGUGGAGGGCUACGACAGGCAGCUACAGUGGCAGCUGCUAAGUCUUUGUCUAUAUUGAAGCUCUCGUGACAUAGAAAUAUAGUCGUCAAUGCAAAGAGUUAGUAGGAUAGUAAGCGACACCUGCGAAGCGCAGUAGGUUGUUCAAACAAUAGCGCGACGGUACAUGGCAUGGUAAUGGUAAUAUCGUCAAGGAAUGAGAGAUUAUUACGAGAGGACCCUGGAUUGUGCAGUUCUCACCGCUCAACGGCGGAUUGUAGAGGAGGUUUUCUGCCUUUCUUGUUCUCACUUUGAGCUUUAAUUUGAUGCUCUACAAAAUUUUGGGUGUCCA